GAUGAGGGACGUCAAGUGCUACCAGGGCAGAGAGCUGGUCCGGGGCUGCGACCCCCUCACCAAACCGGUGGCCAAACAGACGUGCACUCUGCAGGCCUGUCCCACUGAGCCUCCAGAUGAGAGCUGCCAAGAUCAUCCCUCCGCAAACUGCCUCCUGGCCCUUAAGGUCAACCUGUGCAGCCAUUGGUACUACAGCAAGGCGUGUUGCCAUUCGUGCCGCGCAGUACGACCCCCGCCCUCCUAG